AUGUCGGCGACACAACUUCUCAACCCGAAAGCAGAGAGCCGGCGGCGUGGUGAAGCGCUCAAGAUCAAUAUCAGUGCAGGUGAAGGCCUUCAAGAUGUUCUCAAGUCGAAUCUGGGUCCUUCCGGCACCAUCAAAAUGCUGGUAGAUGGCUCAGGACAAAUAAAACUCACAAAAGAUGGCGCAGUGUUGUUGAAAGAGAUGUCCAUUCAAAAUCCCACCGCUACUUUGAUUGCAAGAGCCGCCACGGCGCAGGACGAGAUCACAGGCGACGGAACCACCUCAAUCAUUUUGUUGAUCGGAGAACUCUUGAAGCAGGCAGACAGAUAUAUUCAAGAAGGCCUACAUCCCAGAGUGAUUGUCGACGGGUUCGAGAUUGCAAAAACAGAGACUUUGAAAUUCCUUGACACAUUCAAAAUCGAGAAGGAGGUGGAUAGAGAACUUCUUCUGUCUGUUGCAAGAACGUCAUUAUCGACCAAAAUCAACAAAGCCCUCGCCGAACAACUCACACCCUCAAUAGUCGAUGCGGUCCUUGCCAUUCAAAGACCACCAAACAAGCCGGAUCUCCACAUGAUUGAAAUCAUGAAACUACAGCACAAAAUGGGCACCGACACGCAAUUAAUCCGAGGCUUGGCCUUAGACCAUGGAGCACGACACCCAGACAUGCCGAAACGAGUGGAGAACGCAUUCAUCCUCACCUUGAAUGUAUCCCUGGAGUAUGAAAAGUCCGAAAUCAAUUCCGGCUUCUUCUACAACUCUGCCGAACAGCGUGAUAAGCUGGUAGCCUCAGAAAGACGAUUUGUCGACGAUAAACUGAAGAAGAUCAUCGCCCUGAAGAAUGAAGUCUGUGCUUCCGACCCAAAGAAGGGUUUCGUACUCAUCAAUCAAAAAGGAAUUGAUCCUCUCUCCCUUGACGUUUUAGUCAAGAACGGAAUCCUCGCCCUUCGUCGUGCGAAGCGACGAAACAUGGAGCGGCUCCAACUUGUCUGCGGAGGCCAAGCACAAAACAGUGUCGAAGACCUGGAUCCCUCUGUCCUCGGCUGGGCAGGUCUCGUCUACGAGCAAACAUUGGGAGAGGAGAAGUACACAUUUGUGGAAGAAGUCAAGGACCCGAAGUCAGUGACCAUCUUGAUUAAAGGACCCAACCAACACACUAUUGCUCAAAUCACCGAUGCAGUCCGAGACGGUCUACGUAGCGUCUACAACACAAUCGUCGAUGGAUGCGUCGUACCUGGAGCGGGCUCCUUCCAGAUCGCAGCGGCAGCACAUCUCUCUUCAGAGGCCGUGCGCAAAUCCGUCAAGGGAAAAGCCAAAUGGGGCGUGGCAGCAUUUGCUGAUGCUCUGCUCAUCAUCCCCAAGACUCUGGCUGCCAACAGUGGCCAUGAUAUUCAGGACGCCCUCGCAGCGCUACAGGAUGAGCACGCUGAAGGUAAUGCCGCGGGCCUGGAUCUCGUUACGGGAGAGCCAAUGGAUCCCGUACAGGAGGGUGUCUACGACAGCUUCCGAGUGCUGCGCAACAGCAUCGCGAGCAGUCAAGGAAUCGCAAGCAAUCUGCUUUUGUGUGACGAGUUACUGAAAGCUCGCCAGAUGAGUCGACAAGCGCCGCCAGGAGGCAUGGAGCAGGAGUAG